CGGGGCGGUCGCCGCUGGCGAUGCUGCAAGAAACUUCUUAAAUGACCGCGUCCCGCUGCCCCGCCGAGCGUUUCUGGGUUGGGGAGAGGAAAGGAAAGUGGAAAAAAACUGAGAACUUCCUGAUCCCUCUCGCUGGGAGACAUGUCUGAGACUCCUGCUCAGUGUAGCAUUAAGGAACGAAUUUCAUAUACACCUCCAGAGAGCCCAGUGGCGAGCUACGCUUCCUCGACUCCGCUUCAUGUUCCAGUGCCUCGAGCGCUCAGGAUGGAGGAAGACUCGAUCCGCCUGCCAGCGCAUCUGCGCUUGCAGCCAAUUUACUGGAGCAGAGAUGACGUAGCCCAGUGGCUCAAGUGGGCUGAAAAUGAGUUUUCUUUGAGGCCCAUUGACAGCAACACAUUCGAAAUGAACGGCAAGGCGCUCCUGCUGCUGACCAAAGAGGACUUCCGCUACCGAUCGCCUCAUUCAGGCGAUGUGCUCUAUGAACUCCUUCAGCAUAUUCUGAAGCAGAGGAAACCUCGCAUUCUCUACUCAUCAUUCUUCCACCCCGGAAACUCCAUUCACACGCAGCCUGAGGUCCUGCUACAUCAGAACCACGAAGAAGAUAACUGUGUCCAGAGGACGCCCAGGCCAUCCAUGGAGAGCAUGCACCACAACCCUCCCACCAUUGAACUCUUACACCGCCCUAGGUCACCCAUCACCACAAAUCACCGACCUUCUCCAGACCCCGAGCAGCGGCCCCUGCGGUCCCCCCUGGACAACAUGAUCCGCCACCUCUCCCCAGCGGAGAGGGCCCAGGGGCCAAGACUCCAGCAGGAAAACAACCACCAGGAGUCCUACCCCCUGUCAGUGUCUCCCAUGGAGAAUAAUCACUGCCCACCACCCUCCGAAUCCCACCCAAAGCCCUCUAGCCCCCGGCAGGAGAGCACUCGAGUGAUCCAGCUGAUGCCCAGCCCCAUCAUGCACCCCUUGAUCCUGAACCCCCGGCAUUCGGUGGAUUUCAAACAGUCCCGGCUCUCCGAGGAUGGGCUGCAUAGGGAAGGGAAGCCCAUCAACCUGUCUCAUCGGGAGGACCUGGCUUACAUGAACCACAUCAUGGUCUCUGUGUCCCCGCCUGAAGAACAUGCCAUGCCCAUUGGGAGAAUAGCAGACUGUAGGCUGCUCUGGGAUUACGUCUAUCAGUUGCUCUCUGACAGCCGGUACGAAAACUUUAUCCGAUGGGAGGACAAAGAAUCCAAAAUAUUCCGGAUAGUGGAUCCCAACGGACUGGCUCGACUGUGGGGAAACCAUAAGAACAGAACAAACAUGACCUAUGAGAAAAUGUCCAGAGCUCUGCGCCACUACUACAAACUAAACAUCAUCAGGAAGGAGCCUGGACAAAGGCUUUUGUUCAGGUUCAUGAAAACCCCAGAUGAAAUUAUGAGUGGCCGGACAGACCGUCUGGAACACCUUGAGUCUCAGGAGCUUGAUGAACAAAUAUACCAAGAAGACGAAUGUUGAGGGGACCCACCACCGCCACAGGCUGACCUCGAGGGGAAUCUGCCCACAGGGACUGCUGGAGGCCUGGCGGAUUGGGAGGGGGAUGGUUGAAAUGGAAGAGACCCAGAAAUGGCAGGAACACUUCCCUUGCAGACCAAGAGGGACCUGGAGCACCUUAGACAAACCACCCAGCAAAGGCGGGGCUGGAAUCCUGGCGGAGGACAUGACUCACCUGUCACUCUAGUUGCUUCUCCUUUGGGGUCUCCACCUGUAACUCCUUACCCUGCACCUGUUGUUAGUCUCAUGGUGUUUCUGUUUUUGUUGUUUUAAGACCAUGCAGUUUGACUAUUCAUUGUUCAUUCAGGGGAAGACAUCACACGUUGUUUUCCUAUGGAAAUAUAUAUCUAUUAUAUAU